CUUGUAGAGAAAGAAAGGAGACAAAUAACAUCUAAAGUCUGGCUUUAGUAUGGGCAAAGAACAACCUUCCAUACUCAAGCGACACCCCUGCACCCGCGGCGCGGAUGGGGCGCCGGAGGACCCAGCGAGCAUGCGCCGUGGUCCCGAGCAUGCCCAGUAGCGCGCGCGGCGCCCCGGAGCCUCUCCACGGAGCCGUGACCGACGCGGAGGUCUCUGCGGCGGCUGCGGGAGCGACAGGAAGUGAGGAGGUCCGGCCGGACGACCGCGGCGGCAGAAACCGGGGCGGAAAGGGAGCCGCGGAGAAGACGCCGUCGCUUGGGGUGGCCGAGAGAGCUGAGCACCGAGGGGACUCUCCUGCUCAGAAGCCGGAUCCCGAGCCGGGCAGGAUGGACCUCCACCAGCCGGGGACUGGCCGCUACCAGGUGCUUCAUAAUGAAGAGGAUAAUUCAGAAUCAGCUGCUAUAGAGCAGCCUUCGACUUCAAACCCGACUCCACAGGUUGCGCAGAUUGGUCCUUCGACACCAGCACUUGAAACGGAUUCCUCUCCUCCUCCUUAUAGUAGUAUUACUGUCGAAGUACCUACAACUUCAGAUACAGAAGUUUACAACGAGUUUUAUCCUGUGCCACCUCCCUACAGUGUUGCUACCUCUCUUCCGACAUACGAUGAAGCUGAGAAGGCUAAAGCUGCUGCAAUGGCAGCUGCAGCAGCAGAAACGGCUCAAAGAAUUCAGGAGGAAGAGUGUCCACCAAGAGAUGAUUUCAAUGAUGCAGAUCAACUUCGAGUGGGUAAUGAUGGCAUUUUCAUGCUGGCAUUUUUCAUGGCAUUUAUUUUCAACUGGCUUGGAUUUUGUUUAUCCUUCUGUAUCACCAAUACCAUAGCUGGAAGGUAUGGCGCUAUCUGUGGAUUUGGCCUUUCAUUGAUCAAAUGGAUCCUCAUUGUCAGGUUUUCUGAUUAUUUUACUGGAUAUUUUAAUGGACAAUACUGGCUUUGGUGGAUAUUUCUUGUACUUGGACUACUACUUUUCUUCAGAGGAUUUGUUAAUUAUCUAAAAGUCAGAAACAUGUCUGAAAGUAUGGCAGCCGCUCAUAGAACAAGAUAUUUCUUCUUAUUAUAGAGACUGCAUCAACCCAACAUUCCUUUCUUAUACCAAUGUGAAAUUUUCAGAUCAUCUGUACACGUACAACUUUAAUAGGAUAGAAGACUACUCAUAACAGAAGACAAAUUAGUGAAGAAAAUGUAGAGCUUCAGAAUUGAAUGGGCAGGGUGGUUUAUGUUUAAAAGCCAUUUCUGUUCAUUCUUUAAAUAUUUAUAUUUCAUUUGUUUUGCACAUUUUCAUAUGUGCUCAUUUAAAAGACUUGCCUAUACUUGAAAGAAACCAUAAAGUUGUAGCAGUAAAGUCCAAUCACAUUUGGUUAAUCAGUAUUUGAUAUUGAAAGAGUUGAGCGGUAGUCUUCCAGCAUGUAAAUGCCAUUGACUUCUGACCUGACAUUUAGUAUAAUAAAAAUAAAAUUAUUAACCGUGUCAAAUGCUUUAGUUUCUGGCUUUUGGAUUCAUCUAGUAAUUCAACACAUGAGACAUCCUUUGUUACAUAUAAAUUUACUGAAACAUGCAACAAUGAUAAUUAUUAGAAUUUGUCAAGUUUUUGAACAUGAUAUUUGCAUUAUGAUUUAGGAAAACUUUUUCUGUAAAUAUCCAUUCAUAAAUUCUUCCUGCAUUGUUUUCUUAGGAAUUGUGUCUAGAUAUCACUUCAUUAAUUUUAAAUUAAGCGAACUAAAUAUAUAUAGAAACUUUGAAUGUUACGGAUAGAGUUUGUUUUAGGAUAAAUUUCAAGAAAAUGUGGGUAUACCAAAUGUCCUUUAUAAUAAAGAACUUUUUAAAAGGGACAUACUAGUUUUAGGGAUUUUCAGGUGAGAAGCUUGGUUUUAGCAUUGCCCAUUUUAGAGAUUCUUGGAAGGAGAGAUGACAUAGGAUGUUUUAUUUAUUUAAGAAAACUUUGAAAAUUAAUUUUCCCAGUAAGAUAUUUUCAUUUGUAUUUACCUUUAAAAAGCCAAUAAAAUUAUCUUUCCGUAUCAUUGUAAUGAUUUUUUUCUAGCUGUUUAAUUUGUUAAGGUUAGUAAAUAAAAUCUCGUUAUAUUAA